AUGGCUUCCACACCUCAAUGCCACGUGCGCCGUUCUCCGCGCCUCUGGCGCAUCUCUCCGACUCCCACCAUUCGGAAGACGGGGGCCACCAACGCAAAGUCUCUCACUAUUGCUUCCUCGUCUGCAGCGGGCGUUUCUGACCAAAUAUUAUCCCCCCUCCAUACGGUAUGUACGACUGAAUUCUUUGUCGUUAAAAAUUCUGUUGGCUCUGACAAAGGUCCAUCCCCGUCGGAGAUCUAAGGGCUUUGUGAAUUUUCGGGGUCGAGGAUAGUUUGAAAUAGCUUGGUGAAAUGAAAGGAGGGAGAAUAGAGCUGCGGUUGCGGUUAGUGCGGUCGUAGCAGUGAUGAUUCUAUUGCCGUGCAUUGCGUAGGAGUGAUUAGAUUGAGAAGAAAGGAGGGGAGGCGAACGGCGAUACUGGG